CACACACACACACACACACACACACACACACACACACACACACAGUAGAAAGGACGCGGAGACAACACACACACAUUGUUAUUUUGGAGAGACAAUUUCAGCCUCUUGUGGAAUCCUUGGAGGUCCCAACUUGGUCCCCCCCUUGUAUUUUUGUCCCCGACGAUGGCGUCAUCCGUGGAUUAUGUGUUGUUGCUGGUAGCUGCCGUGCUGGGAUCGUACCACGUGGAGGUGGAAGGGGGGUGCGCUGGGAAGUGCUGCCGGGGUUCAGAUAUCACCUGUGCAACGGCAGACUGGAGGAUGGACCGUGUGUACGGCACCUGCUACUGCGACGAGGGCUGCCUCAGGACCAAAGACUGUUGCUAUGACUACCCCGCCGAGUGCCCAGCCCAGUCGUGUGUGGUGACUGAAUGGAGUCACUGGAGUGGCUGUGCCCAGUCCUGCCAGCGGUCCAUGAGGGUCCGGCAGCGGCACAUUGAGCGGGAGCCCAGAAACAACGCAGAGCCAUGUCCCAGCUUGGAGGAGCAGGCAGGCUGCAUGGUCUACCAGUCAAACCAUGGAGAGAUCUGCGCUCAGAACACAGGUCCAGCUUUCAUCACCACCAGGGAGUUUGGUAAAGGAAGAACAAAGCAUGACAUCUACGGAGCACCUCUGUACCCUGGGUUCUGUAUGGAGUAUCAGAUGGAGUCUCUGACUACCCAGUGUUCGGUGGAGAACAGGCCACACACCCACUGGAUGCAGUACCUACGGGAGGGCUACACGGUGUGUGUGGCGUGCCAACACCCCGCCAUGCGUAACCAUAGCGGCAGCUGCCAGGGAGACGGACAAGAAUCCAACAGUGAGGAGCUGCUCCAUUGGCAGGCUGUGGGGAACUCUCGCUGUCGAGGAACAUGGAAGAAGGUCCAGAGAACAGCAUACUGCUCCUGUCCUCACGUCCACAGCUUCAUUUUCAUAUAAACACACAGGAAGUCUUACUUGCGGUCCUACUUGCACCCUAUUCUCUAUAUAGUGCACUGCUUUAGAACAGUCAAACAGUAUCCUUGGCCUAGAGAGACUUACAUGGUUAUCAAAAUGUCACGCCAGGGUAAGGCCUACACGAAACACAGCCCCUGUUUUAAGGGCUUCUAAAAUCCCCUAUGGGAAAAAUUAAUGUGGGAAAAAGUGAUUGAAUCCAUUUUUGAUGCUAGGGUUUAUGAGUGUUAUGACUGGUACUCUAUAGGGCUCUGGUCAACAGUCGGGAAUAGGGUGACUGGUACUCCAUAGGGCUCUGGUCAACAGUAGGGAAUAGGGUGACUGGUACUCUAUAGGUCUCUGGUCAACAGUAGGGAAUAGGGUGACUGGUACUCCAUAGGGCUCUGGUCAACAGUCGGGAAUAGGGUGACUGGUACUCCAUAGGGCUCUGGUCAACAGUAGGGAAUAGGGUGACUGGUACUCUAUAGGUCUCUGGUCAACAGUAGGGAAUAGGGUGACUGGUACUCUAUAGGGCUCUGGUCAACAGUAGGGAAUAGGGUGACUGGUACUCUAUAGGGCUCUGGUCAACAGUCGGGAAUAGGGUGACUGGUACUCCAUAGGGCUCUGGUCAACAGUAGGGAAUAGGGUGACUGGUACUCCAUAGGGCUCUGGUCAACAGUAGGGAAUAGGGUGACUGGUACUCUAUAGGGCUCUGGUCAACAGUAGGGAAUAGGGUGACUGGUACUCUAUAGGGCUCUGGUCAACAGUAGGGAAUAGGGUGACUGGUACUCUAUAGGGCUCUGGUCAACAGUAGGGAAUAGGGUGACUGGUACUCCAUAGGGCUCUGGUCAACAGUAGGGAAUAGGGUGACUGGUACUCUAUAGGGCUCUGGUCAACAGUCGGGAAUAGGGUGACUGGUACUCCAUAGGGCUCUGGUCAACAGUAGGGAAUAGGGUGACUGGUACUCUAUAGGUCUCUGGUCAACAGUAGGGAAUAGGGUGACUGGUACUCUAUAGGGCUCUGGUCAACAGUAGGGAAUAGGGUGA